AUGGAGGACCCCCUUGUGGAAGCUUUGCCGCCAGCUACUGACUAUUUGACAUACUUGACUCUGUUGGAGUAUCAAUUGACCCCAGCUCGUCUUCCGCUAUUGCAUAAUUUGCUGCAAGAUGAAAAGCUCACCACAAACAUCGGGUGGGACCUGGUCAAGCUUCUCUUACCCAUGCUUCCCGCAUCUACAGAGUGCCUUCAGGAUGUAGCCCGCUUAGGAAACCCACGAGAGGUGAUCUUGCGCGUAUCUGAAUCUUUGAUGCAACUCCAACCAGAGGAUGGAGACGAAGAUGAAGCUGAGGCCGACAGUGAAGGACUACCUUUGCACAUUCUACAGUAUAACUGUCUUAUCGGCAUGCUUUCAGUACUACACAAACGGAUUCAGACCAAGGUUCCUAGUCGAUUCAUGGCAACUUCCUUGCAAGCGGCUCUUGAGUCGUAUACCUCAAUGCCAACUAACGAGACCACAUUGGCCUUCCUUGAGUUCCUUCGCGAAGUUUCUCCGUCAAAACGACCUGCACCACCCCCAAGAGUUGCUAGUGAAUCGAGUGUUCUCAGGGUGGCCGCAGCAUCUGCACCAGAUCCCGAAGCAGAGGUAUCUUCGCCAUCCCCUUCUGCCGACAAUGAGACUCUCCUAGUCCGAAAAUUCAUACAGUUCAGUCUACUCGAACUGUUGAAAUCAUAUCUCCUGAGCUUUUCCAGUCCCAUGGAUCCGGGAAUGUCAUGGGCCAUUCGUAUGCAGGAACACCUGCAUCCCAAUCUGCGGUUACCCGGCUCCCAGUCUCAAACCGAGGCAUAUGCAUCGACAAAGGAGCUGAAAGAGCGUGAUAUGAUCAUGGGAAAGCUUGUGGCUCUGUCAAGAGAUAUUGGGCUUGAGAGUAAACAGCUCCUGGAAAUUAUAUCAAGCUCGGCAACCGAUCAAGUCGCACAGCUUGAUUUUGAUGAACCGCCUACAGAUCCCAAUCAAAUUCCACUCGAGCGACACGGGUCUCUUCUUCUAUUGGCGGCCAGAGCCGCAGGGGCAACUCUGUUCACUUCUGGUCAACAAUUGCCCCCGGUCUCGAUCUUCCCUGAUCUGUCUUUGAUUUUCAAAUACUUUGUUGGCGGGGCGGCCAACUUGGACGAGAUAGCCUUUGGUCAGCCUCAUGCGUUGCUUGACUCCCUGCUAGCUGUGACCGUCUACGCCCUACAGCAACCGAUCAGCCCCUCAUCGGGCGAAGCUGAUUUCAAAGACUUUGUUGUCACCCUGACAGCAUGCACAGCACGCCAAAGCCAUGGCAUCGUUCGCCAAAUUCCUACUGCCGUUUUCCAGAGCCAUCCUUCGCCCGAAACUCGAUUCAAGCUCAUCUACAAUAUCUUGGAGGAUGAUCAUCUGGCCUCAGCUCGUGACAGCGCUAUCGCCUGGUUGAAAGAGGAGCUACUCGCCGGCUCGAGCACAUUGUUCCAAGACCCGCAUUACUUCUGGGCCUUGUUCCCGACUUUGUUCAGCCCAGUCAGCGCAGCGAGCUCAUCCGAUCUCGUUGCCACUUGGACACGACUCACCCAGACUCAAGGCCCACCUCUACACUCAGCACUGAACUUGUACUACCUUCUCCUUUCCUCAACCUCCCUUCGAAGCAAGCUCCAACUGGAGAAGACUGUCAAAUUCUUCCGUGGUCAUGUUCUGGACCCCCUCCGACAGAUCUUCCAUGCCUUCGAAGUCGAUCUCACUUCUAAAGGUGGUGAAGGGGUUAUUGAGGCUGCUGUUGGCGAGGAAAUGUGCCAGGUUGGCAAUGCCAGGUCUGUCGGGCUCAUUGGGCUUACUUUGGACCAAAUCGAGGAGACUAUAACAGACGCCUUUGGCUCCGAUGACGCAGAUCUCGCAGGAUACUCUGGUGCUGACGAGACUCAAGUAGUCGAAAUUCGUGGGCGGAUGAAUGUCUGGAACUAG